AAUCGUGGUAAACAAACUCCUGGGCUAGCAAGACAAGGAACCGAGCUUUGUAGCCCAGCUGAUAUUACUAUUAUUAUUAAGUAGGAGCUGGUAAAGUGGUACUUUGUUCUCCGUUGCCAUUGUGUUGGUCCAAUUUAAAAUGGACCGAUUGGAAAAAGCUGCCGAUGUGAUGAUGGCACCUCCUGAGGUGGUGACCAGCAGCCAGAGACAUGAGGCCGAGCAAAUAUUUCUUCAGUUACGCCAGACAAAAAGUCCUUUUAAUCUUUGCAGAGAAAUUUUAGAAACAAGUCAGGUGCCUUACCUGCUAUUUGAAGCUGCCUCUUUGCUCCGAGUUGGCAUCAUCCGUGAGUGGAGCGAGCUGAGUGCAGAUGACAAACGGCAGCUGCGUCAGUACGUACUGCAGUAUGUGUUAGCAAGACCCCACCAGCCUCACUAUGUCCGCGAGACCUUAGUGCAGGUUGUGGCCAUCAUGGUGAAGCGAGGCAGUGUGGAUGACGGUGGCAAGGAGAGGAGCUCUCUUCUUAAUGAAGUGGAGCAGCUCAUCCAAAAUCCUGAUAACUCCAUGAGGCUGAUUGGGUGCAGUGUGCUCAAUGCCCUCAUGCAGGAGUAUGCCGUCACUGUCAAAAGCACUGACGUUGGCAUCACUUGGGAGACACACUUCAAGGCUAAAAAACAGUUUGAGAACACAGAUUUAAGAAGGAUCUUCCACUUUGUCCUUGGUCUCCUGAAGGAAGGAACCACUAGUCUUGAGGCCGCAGGGCACCCUGGUGUCAGGGAGAUACCUGAAGGGGAGCUGAAGACAACAAUGCUGCGUCUCAUCAUGCUGGCUGAGAGCACGCUUACCUGGACCUUCAUAGCGCUGCACUUGCCCAAGCGACUGAUGUCAGUGUUCGAGCAUGACCAGAAUCCACCCCUGCGACCUGGGGCUCAGUGGGAGCAGACCUUCAAGGAUCCUUCAGUGGUGCAGAUAUUUUUCAAGGUGUACUGGGUGGUGCGGAGGGACUGGUCUCUGGGUCACCACGCCCUCAACUGUCUGGUGCAGCUGGCGUCGCUGCACGGCGUCGUCAUCUCCAACAGCGCCGCCAAGACUGACUACAUCGCACACUUCCUCACCUGCUUCUUCUCUCUGCUCUCUAACAUUGAAGUUCAGGAGUGUGAAGCGUUGGGCAUGAGUCACAUCCUGAGGAAGGUGCUGCAGUUCUUCCCGCCCUCCGUCCUCGUGGCCUUGCCUGGGGACUUGCUGCCCAGUCUCGUCGACCACAUCGCAGGCCUCACGUGCCAGUUUGCGCAGCUCGCUGCUAAAGAGGAGGGGACCGACAAAGAGGACCAGAUGUACAUGGAGGCAUUUGAAGUAUUACUACAGACAUGGAGCAUCGUGCUCCAAGAAACAUCCCCACGCGUCCCCUCCAUGAGUUACACCAUCGUCAGUGGUUCUAUGAGCCUCACAGCGCCUGCCUCUUCCAAUAACAACAACGACAACAACAGCACUUCUGAGAUGCUGGCUAACCUCAAAGCCAAGACAAAGCAACUCUCCACUGCAAUAUUUGAUACUUACCUCAAGUGUCACUUGGCAGCACCUGAUGGCACCAGACAAAACUUAGAGUCUGAGGAGAUAACAGAAGGUGAACAGAGCGACCGAGCGCUCUACGCUGACCAGCUUGUGCUCAUUGGGGUCUGCGCUAGAGAGAACGUGGGGCACUGCGUGCCCAUCCUAACAGAGUUACUAGAGCGCCGCAUCACAAUGCUGAGGACUUACCUGGGACAAGCCUUGCAGCAGCAGCAGCAAGAACAGAGCGUUAUUGAUAACCUUUAUGAAGACCUCAACUGGCUUCUGCUAAUUACUUGCAACGUGAUCACCACGGACGGAGACACAGGCGAGUGCCUCGUGAUCCCCCAGGACCUGGUGAGCUACAGCCUCUCAUGCGCCCCCCACACGGACGUCCCUGCCACCCUGGCCCUACUGGCUGCUCCUCAGACCAUGCCAGCUGAUAUGAACAUCCCCUCUGCUAUUGCAGAGAAACCCUCUGUUGAUCCUGUUAUCAGACUGGUGGCGUGUAUGCUACGUCUAUGUGAGACGGAAUCAGAGGCCGUCAAAGCUAACCUGGUGCAGCUGCUGAGUCCCGAAGUGUCAGGCACUUUAAUGUGGAGCCUUAAGUGCAUCUGUGCUACUUAUGCUCUGCUCGUCGAGAGUAGCUACAACGAGUUGAGUCCAGCGCUGGUGUCAGCGUUUGGGCGCGACUCUGAAGGCAACGCGUGGAUGCUGAAUUAUCUGUUGAGCCGCGUUGAGCUGACGCUGCGACUGCGUACCUCGGAGCCAGCCCUCGUCAGCGACACCGUCUCGCUCCUCGUCAGCAUGGCCGAGGACAGGACCAGAGGUCAAGUGCUGGUGAAAGCCAAGAGUUUGGUGGAUGUGAUACAACUUCUGCAGCGCAGUCAUCUUGCAGCCCUGCCGUCCAGUGCCAUCAGGGGUCUGAUGCAGGGCCUGGUGCUGAUGGCAGGAGCUGUGGGGUCUGAUGAGAGCGCUCGAGAGGAGGUCUUCCGACACUUUCUUCAGCCUCUGCUGCAGUCCUUCCACAACCUCCUUGAUAGUCCUGAUUUCUCUAAGAACUAUCACUUGGAAAAUUAUCGUAUUCAGAUCCUGCACCACUUGGAUCAGUUCGUGGGCGCCAUAUUGGGAGUGGUGCGCACUACAGCCACGCACCUCUUUGACCGCGCCGCCCCUAGCCUCGCGGCGCUGGUGCGUCUCAUGGACCUGUACCAUAACUACGCCGAGGUAGUCGAGAGCAUCCUGGAGGUGUACGUGGAGGCGGGGCGGCGGGUGCUGUGCUUCCUGUCAGCUGCUGCCAGCAAGCAGCUGUACGAGGCAGCUGUGGCGCUCAUCAAGGUCUACGCGAAACACAACAUCGGACGUCGUACCAUCAACUCUGAAGGCGAGAAGGACCAAUGGCGCGACUUACAGCUCAUGAUGGAACUCCUCACGUCCUUACUGUCCAAGGACUUCAUCGACUUGUUUCCCUGCGACGAGGGCGAGGGAGAGGCCGUGGCGGCAGCGGACGUGUGCCUGUAUGGCCUCAAUAUCAUCAUGCCCCUCAUGACCAAGGAACUCCUGCAGAUCCCCACAUUGUGCUCGCAUUAUUACAAGAUGGUCCUCUUCCUCGCCGAGAUCUACCCCUCGAAGAUCCUCGAGCUACCGUCAGAUCUGCUCAAGAACCUGCUGUACUCCAUCGAGAUGGGCCUGACGUCAUUCGGCAUGGACGUGACGUCAUACUCGUUUGAUUUUCUGUUCGUGUUGGCGACGCACGCGUUCAAGAAGUGCGCGCCGGAGAGCGAAGUGAUGCAGCUGCUGCGGCCCUUCCUGAAGCUCGUGCUUGAUCUCAUCAUCUCGCAGCAAGUCAACUCGGACAUGCUGCAAGUAGCCUCAGCCUCGCUUUAUAUACUCAUCUGUGUUAACCCGGCAAUUAAGGAGCGACUGGCGCAGGCUUUCACGCAGCUCACGGACAACGUGCAACUCAACGCUGAGCGCAUGCACAAGUUUCACUUUAGAAACAACUUCGAGGAGUUCAUAGCCAACGUCAGGGGCUUCUUGUUUGUUAAAUAAACUGCCAGAAGAAUUGAUGAGAGGAGGUUCUUGCUCGGUGAAAUAUUUAGUGUUCUUUGUUUGUACGCGGUAUGGAUUCUGUGAACCUUGAAUGGUUAUAUGCUUGCAAGGUUAACUUCAUCUGAAGUGUUCGUAUCUUACGUCAGAGGCUUCCUACUUGUCCAGUAACUUAAGCCAAGGGCAAGAUCUUAUUACUCGUAAUAAUGUGUUUUAAUAGUUAUUUCAUGUAAGUAUAAAAUCUCCUAUCAGUUUUUUUGGCUGCUAGUCGUUGUGCUUAAUCUUUAAUGUUGAAAGUUAGGCAACACUGAUGAGAGAUGUAGCAAAGUUUGACUGUAUGACUCUCGUUGUGAAGGCAAUUACGUUGAUGUUGGUGCAGUCUGUGGGUCAAAAAAGUUCAUUCUACAAAGUGUAAAAUAUAAGGAACCUGAAACAAACCUUUUGGAGUGAAACAAUUUAUCUCUCCUCUAUUUUAAAGUGAUUAUAAAUGGAAAAUUACUGUUAAGUCAAUAAGUUUAAUAUUAAAAGCGUAUAAAAUCAUCUACGUCAAUCAUUUAGGCUCGUUGAAAAAAUGAUUUCAAGUGUAGUUUUUUUGUCAUAAGUGAUUGCGUCUCACAUUCUCACGUUUCCAGAAUAUUGGAUGAGAUAAAAAGACGAUAUUGUCUCGUCAGACAAUAAAUAUUUCUAUACUGGAACAAAAAAAUCUCUUGCAAGGGGCAGCUGCGUGGUGUGUA